AAAAUGAAAAGAUCCAUGAGCAAUAAGCUUAGUAUCACAGCUCAGUCUCUACUAUGGUCCAAGAGCAAUGCAACUCCUGUACUCCAUACUCGGUCCAGCUUAUCACCCUUUAAGGAAGCUCUUAUCCGCUUAUCGCGAGGCGCGUCCACUUUCGCGUCUUUCCACCACCGCUUUCUUCCCCCACGACCAUCAUCCCAUCCAUCACACACCAUGGUGCAAGCCGAAUCCUCAAAGACUGCCGAGCGCAAUGCUCUCAGAGCUGUUACUGCAGGUGCUCCUGCAGACUACGAGCUCCCCUGGGUUGAAAAGUACCGCCCGGUCUUCCUCGAUGAUAUUGUCGGUAACACGGAGACGGUGGAACGCUUGAAGAUUAUUGCCAAGGAUGGCAAUAUGCCUCACGUUAUUAUCUCGGGCAUGCCGGGUAUCGGAAAGACGACCUCGAUCUUGUGUCUGGCUAGACAAUUACUGGGAGAUGCCUAUAAGGAGGCUGUUUUGGAGUUGAAUGCUAGUGAUGAGCGAGGUAUCGACGUGGUCCGCAACCGAAUCAAAGGUUUUGCCCAGAAAAAAGUCACAUUGCCCCCGGGCAAGCACAAGCUGGUCAUUCUCGACGAAGCAGAUAGCAUGACACCCGGUGCUCAACAAGCCCUCCGACGUACAAUGGAAAUCUACUCAACAACAACUCGGUUCGCCUUUGCCUGCAAUCAAUCAAACAAAAUCAUUGAGCCCCUGCAAUCUCGUUGCGCAAUUCUCCGCUACGCGCGCUUGACCGAUGCCCAGGUCGUCAAGCGAGUGAUGCAGAUCUGCGAGGCGGAAAAGGUCCAACACUCCGAGGAUGGAAUUGCGGCUCUGGUCUUUAGUGCCGAGGGUGAUAUGCGCCAGGCUAUCAAUAACCUGCAGAGUACUUGGUCUGGCUUUGGCUUUGUGAGCGGUGAUAAUGUCUUCCGUGUUGUCGAUAGCCCGCAUCCCGUCAAAGUUCAGGCUAUGAUCAAGGCUUGUUGGGAGGGGAAGGUAGAUGCUGCGUUGGAGAUUUUGAAUGAGCUCUGGACGCUGGGAUAUUCCUCGCACGACAUUAUUAGCACCAUGUUCCGGGUUACCAAGACCAUUCCCACGCUCUCGGAGCAUUCCAAGUUGGAGUUCAUCAAGGAGAUUGGAUUUACGCACAUGCGUAUCUUGGAUGGAGUGCAGUCGCUGCUGCAACUCAGUGGUUGUGUCUCGAAACUUUGCAAGAUUAACAUGAAGCCCGAGCUGUUCCAGCCUCCCAGGGCUUAAGUUAAGCAACUUGAUAUUCCGCAGCAUAUUCCCCAUGGCGUUGAGGGCGUCUUAUUUAAAAUCAAUGAUGAAUGAUAUUCCUUUCUCUUCUUGAAGCAGUGGUAAUUUAAUACUAUCAUAAAGAUGUCAACUAACUCCACAACCUGUCGGAUCCCUCCUACUCUCCCUGUCCAGCCUUCCCUUCCAGAUGACUCUUCCAAAUCCCUUCAAUAACAGUCGCAGCCCCCAAAACCUUCUCCUCCUCAAAUUUCUUCCCAAUAAUCUGCAAAUUCACCGGAUACCCAUCCACCGCAUCAACAUCCCAAAGCUUCCAAUUCCACUCAUCCAACUCAUUCCUCGGCACAUACUUUUCCGCCACAAACCCAUCUUUCUCCUUCCACACCUUAUCAACCGGAAACGUCAACGCAGUAUAGUCCAAAAAGUUCCAAAUCUUGGUAUACCCAACCCACCUAAACGUCCGGUGCGGGAUACUCGUAUGCGGCAUCGCCGGCGCCAACAAGAUAUCCACUGGUCUUCCAGACUGUGACCGGGUGUUAUUCCAUUUAUCGAGAUACUUUUUCUGCGCGACGUGCUUCCGCUUGUUCAAUUGCCAGUACUCGUAGACGGAAAUCGGGUUGCCCCGGUUCACUAAUGCUUGGACGUGGGGCAGAUACGGGUCCCCUGCAACGGCCAUGUCACGACGGAUAUCCUCGCCGCCGUCGACCGUAUAGAAGGCGUCCAUUAUUUCGAUGCAGUCUGCGUGGUCAGACGUAUCCCAGGCAACUAGCUCGUGGCCUUGCGCGGCCAGUUCGGAGGAGAGUUCGUGGAGGGCCCGGGUUAUCGGGGGGUGGGGGGUGACUAUGCCGUCGUUUAGGAUGAGGCCGAUGGUGAGGGGUUUGGAUUGGGUGGAUGUGAAGAUUGGUUCGUUCCAGGGGAGAGGCGUGCAGCGGGGAUCGAGAGUCCAGGGGGCGCAGGAGGCGAUUUGUUUUGUAAUGUAUGUUAGGGAGGAGAGGUCGCGGGUCAUGGGUCCGAUGGAUGAAGGGACGUGUUCUUGGCCUUGGGUUGAGACGGGGACGCCUUCGUAGGGGAAGCGGCUGCUCUGUCGAUGAGUUAGGAUCGAUGGUUCGUUCUAUG